CCAGUCACUAUACAAUAUCUAUAUAUCAUGUUUAAUAUCUUCCAAUCUUUAAUAGUUAUCUAAACAUAGAGAUAUUCAUUAUAUUAUUACUAAAAACCAAAUCACAUGAUCAAUCACACGACUAAAGUCAUGUGAUUUGCUUUUUCAAUUUCUGCCAAUAAUAAAACAGCCAAUCAAUUUUACAUAACAAUUGAAAAAAUGAUGCAUCCCAAUUAGGAAAUUCGGUACAGACACACAUAAUUUUCUACAGUCAAACCAAAAAAAUUUAGAUGAAAACUGCCAAAACAUUGAUUGGAUUGAUUAGGUUUGAACACCAUUUACUAUACAAUUCACAACUAUAGAAUCCAAACCAUGCUUCGUAGCAGUUUGAAAACAAAGCCAUCGUUUGUCUUGAGACGUAGUUUGGCUACCAUUGCUGAUCCAGCUGCCAAUCCAAAUAGAGUUCAUGGAGGUUUAAAAGAUAGUGAUCGUAUUUUUCAAAAUGUUUAUGGAACUUAUGGUCAUGAUUUAAAAUCAGCUCAAAAAAUGGGAGAUUGGUAUAAAACUAAAGAAAUCAUUAUAAAAGGAGAUAAAUGGAUUAUUGAUGAAAUGAAAAAAUCAGGUUUAAGAGGUAGAGGUGGUGCUGGAUUCCCCUCUGGUCUUAAAUGGUCAUUUAUGAAUCCACCAAAUUGGGAAAAAAAUAUUGGUCCAAGAUAUUUAGUAGUUAAUGCUGAUGAAGGUGAACCUGGUACUUGUAAAGAUCGUGAAAUCAUUAGAAAAGAUCCUCAUAAAUUAGUUGAAGGUUGUCUUUUGGCAGGUAGAGGAAUGAAUGCUUCUGCUGCUUAUAUUUAUAUUAGAGGGGAAUUUUAUAAUGAAGCUGUUAUUUUACAAAAUGCUAUAAAUGAAGCUUAUAAAGCUGGUUUCCUUGGUAAAAAUGCUUGUGGAUCCGGUUAUGAUUUCGAUGUUUAUAUUCAUCGUGGUAUGGGAGCUUAUGUUUGUGGUGAAGAAACUGCUUUAAUUGAAUCAAUUGAAGGUAAAGCUGGUAAACCAAGAUUAAAGCCUCCAUUCCCAGCUGGAGUUGGUUUAUUUGGUAGACCAACAACUGUUGCUAAUGUUGAAACUGUUUCAGUAGCUCCAACUAUUUUAAGAAGAGGUGGUGAUUGGUUUGCAUCAUUUGGUAGAGAAAGAAAUAGUGGUACUAAAUUAUUUUGUAUUUCAGGUCAUGUUAAUGAACCAUGUACUGUUGAAGAAGAAAUGUCAAUCCCAUUAAAAGAAUUAUUAGAAAAACAUUGUGGUGGUAUUAAAGGUGGUUGGGAUAAUUUAUUAGGAGUUAUUCCAGGUGGUUCAUCAGUUCCAAUUAUGACUAAAGAUGUUUGUGAAAAUGUUUUAAUGGAUUAUGAUGCUUUAAGAGAUGUUGGAUCUGGUUUAGGUACUGCUGCUGUCAUUGUUAUGAAUAAACAAACUGAUAUCAUUAGAGGUAUUCAAAGAUUUGCUCAUUUCUAUAAACAUGAAUCUUGUGGUCAAUGUACUCCAUGUAGAGAAGGUACUACUUGGUUACAAAGAAUGAUGGAUAGAUUUGUUACUGGUCAAGCUACUGAACGUGAAAUUGAUCAAAUUUUCGAAUUAACUAAAGAAAUCGAAGGUCAUACUAUUUGUGCUUUAGGUGAUGCUGCUGCAUGGCCAAUUCAAGGGUUAAUUAAAUCUUUUAGACCAGUUAUGGUUGAUAGAAUUAAUGAAUUUAAAGCUAAAAAUGAAACCAUCUCAUAUGGUGGUUGGGUUGAAGGUGGUAAAGUUAAAGAAGGUAAAGUCAUUGGUAACCCAAUACCUCAUGCCCAUUAAACUUAAUCAUUAUCAUUCUCAUAUAUUCAUCCAUUCGUCAUUCAUUUCACAUUAAUACCAUCCAUUUACCCUCACUCCCCUCAUAAUGAUUCUUCAUUGAAUCAUCAUUAAAAAACAUUUGCAUAUUAGUUUUCUCUUUUCAUACAUUCUCUUUUUAUAUACUUUUGUUACAUUAGCCAUUCCAUUAUUAUUAUUACACAUAAAAUUAGAUUAAACUAAAUGUUGGUUGUAAUUAUAUAAACUGUCUCUUAUCAGUAAUUAAUUUCUUGACGGGAGGGGAGCAUAUGAGGCUCCGCUACAUAAUGUUUUUUUCGGAGUCGUCGUGUUUCUGUUUUUUUUUUUUUCAUUUUUGAAUCAUCGAUGAUUUAAUUUUGAACAGCAAUUCGAUCCUUUCAAAAUAUCACUUUCAAUCACUUGUUAUAUCACUAAUAUCCAAAGGAUAAGAGCUCGUGAUAGAUAUACGUACAGAGGGAAU